AUGAGCGUAGGUGCCCAGAUCGAUGCUGUCUACACCGACCUAAAAGCUGCAUUUGACCGUGUUGACCACAGCAUACUACUGGCUAAACUGGAUAAACUAGGUGUCGGCUCCAGCCUUAAACGAUGGCUUCGAUCCUACCUGUUAGAUCGAAUGCUCUACGUGAAACUGGGUAAAGUGCAAUCCGAGUAUUUCUCCAACCUCUCCGGCAUUCCACAGGGCAGCAAUUUAGGACCGCUGCUCUUUAUGCUGUUUAUCAACGACAUAUCGCUCCUGCUUCCAGAAGAUUGCCGCAUGCUUUAUGCAGACGAUAUCCAGCUAUUUAAAACUGUCAGAAAUACUGCUGACUGCUUAGAGCUCCAGCGCUUAGUUAACAUUUUUCUGCAAUGGUGCUCCAAUAAUCUACUAACCGUCAGUAUCGCGAAGUGUUGUGCGGUUUCAUUCCAUCGCAAGUCUAACCCGGUUACAUUCAACUAUACUAUGUGUGGUCAGAUUGUAGCUAGAGUAGAUACGGUUCGUAAUCUGGGUGUAACUCUGGAUACGUCACUCACCUUUAGGCCACACUACAACGAAAUAGUUGCCAAGGCUAAUAGACAGCUUGGAUUUAUCUGCAAGAUCACUGAAGAAUUCCGGGAUCCUAUUUGUCUUCGAUCACUGUAUUGUGCGCUGGUGCGCUCUAUUCUUGAGUCUAACUCAGUGGUUUGGUGUCCAUUCAACGCUAACUGGAUAGCAAAAAUUGAAACCGAGCAACGAAGAUUUGUACGGUAUGUUUUACGCUUUCUUCCAUGGCGUAAUGAAUACCAGUUGCCAGAAUACGCGGAUCGCUGCCAGCUACUCGGAAUACAAACGUUAGAGCGAAGAAGAUUCGAAGCACAAGCCGUAUUUGUCGGGAAAAUUUUGUCCGGUGAAAUCGAUGCCCCGAACAUUUUGCAGCAGCUUAACUUAUAUGCACCAGAAAGAUCAUUACGGCCCAGGAAUCUAUUAUUCUUACCACAGCGUAAUGUGGCAUAUGGACAACAUGACCCCAUCCGCUUCAUGUCGGCUAGCUUCAACGCGGUGGCGACAUUAUUUGAAUUCCACAUAACAGCAACGGCAUUUAGACAGCGACUGCGUGGAUAA